ACUGACUGCUGCUCCGUGGAGGUCGCGCCCUUAUCCGGCCGUCCAUCGCCGAUAAAGCCGGGACGCGGGCGCCUGCCUAAAACAGCAACGUACUAAACGCCGCCGGCACGGCCCCACCGGUUCAGCUGAGUAGAUCACCACCUGUGCAUCGUUCAUCGCUCACUCACUUCCCCCGCGGCGCCGAGCGACCGGCGCGGAAAUGGCGGAGGCGGAGGAGUGGGAGAGGCGGAAGAGGGGGAGGAGGAGGCGGUGGCGGCGGGGCAGGAGGGAGAGCGACGGCAGCGACCCCGUGGAGGUGCUGGGGCAGGAGGUGAUGGGGCUGGUGGUGGAGCUCCUGGACGCGCGCAGCGUCGCACGAUGCACGGCGGUCUCCCGCGCCUGGUUCGGGGUCGCCGCCGACAACCGCCUCUGGGCACCCAAGUGUGCUGAACUGAUGGCCGGAAAGGCACAUAUUCCUCGUCUGACAAUGAUCCGUACUGCAUCAAAGUUGUCUACCUAUUCAAUGGCCAUCAUGGAUGGCAAACGGAAUCGGAUCACAAAAGAGGAUCUCUGUGAUCAUGCAUGGGAAUAUCGUUUCACUAUUGCAGCACCAGAGUACUGGAGGAAUCUCGAUCCGUCCUGGAAGCGCACUGGUCCACCCAUGCGACGAUACUUCCACCAUGAUGGUUACCACAGUGCAGAUCCUCAUGACGCUGUCUGGGGUGGCCAUGAGUGUGAGUACACGAUCAUAACAAGCUUUGUCGGUGAUGGAAGAAUCAGAGAUCAUUAUGUGAGGAUCAACCGGUGGCCACCGAUGAAAGUAUCGAGAAAGGAAGAUUGGAGCUGGGAGCUAUCCAACCACCUCUACCGCUACAACAGCAUCCCUGAUGCUGAAAAGGAAGGAUGUACAGGUCCGCUCUUCCCGGUUUGGUGAGUUCACUUCUAUGGUAGGAGAUCAGUCCGUCUGCGGUGUGAUCCUACAUCUUCUGGUCGUCGAAAUCAAGCCUUGAUCUUCCAUCUCGUUGAAUGUUGCAGCAGGAGACUUUGUUUUGCAGCAAUUAAUGAGCUAUGAACUUUUGUGGAUAUAUUUAGGGGGUGUUUGGUUCCAGGGAUUUUUUUGUGUUGGGAAGUCCCUAGCAAACCAAACAGGGUGAGACUUUUUUGGGACUUUUUGCUAAAAGUCCUUAGAAGCACCUCCUUAAAAGUCUUUUUCAAAAAGUCCUAGGAACUAGAAAAAGUCAUAGGACUAGAGAACCAAACACCACCUUAGUUCUUUUAGAGAGAAUGGAUAACUUAGCUAAGCUCAGGUGUGUGAGCUAGUAAUAUGUAUGGUAGUACAGUAGUUGCAGCUAGCCUAUGAUGAUACUAUGUGUUCGUCUCGGUAGUUUGGUCUUUUGUCACGUAGAAUGUGAUCUGUAAAGUACCCUGAACUACUAGAAAUGGUAUGGUGUGUGUAAACCUUC